AUGGCAUUCCUGCUAGGAAUCGAGUUCCGCAGAAGAUUCGCACAACUAUUUAAAAUCAAUCCUAGCUUGACAAACAAUGAGGCCUACGAUAUCCUGGAGGCGAAUCUUUUUGACAUUCCAAAGACCUGUCUCGAAAUUGCUAAAAAGACGCAAGAAUCGAUUCAAGAGAGAGAGUUUUGGAUCCCGAAGAGGGCUCUGGAACAAUUGGAAGUUAGUGAAAGACCAGAGAAGAAAAUCAGAUCAAGCCAGACACCAGAACAGAGUCGGCCGAACAUCAUUAUUAAUAAAAAUCUACCAGAUCAAGAGGCUCACGAUUCAAAUAACCAACAAGUGAAGUCAAAAGAGAUCAUUGAAAUUUAUGAUAGUGACGAUGAAACGAGGCAAGAAAUCGUUGUUGACGAUGAGCGAAGUAUCGUUCAGAAUGACGCAGAUCCUUGUUCAUUCGAUCAAGCUGUUACUGGCUCGAAAAGAGAAUUCUCGGAUAUUGAGAUAUUGGAUGAAUGGGAUAUCGACAGCGUUAACUCUGGAAAUGAAUCUGACUCAGAGACUGACUACGGUAGCCACCAAUCAAGGUCUACCUUUGAUCUUCACAUGAAGUCUGUCGAAAAACUCAAGGCAAGUGAGUCAACUGAGCCGACUAAGUCAGCCGAGUCAAUCAAGCCAAUCAGGUCGGAAACGCUUGCAACGCCAUUGGUUUUAGAAAAAGCUGGCACCCUAUUCCACAGAACACUAAGACCUGUCAGGAUAGACGAUGAACAAACAUUGACAGGAUCAGGCUCUAAGGAAUAUUAUGAAGAAAUCGUCUCGGCUCACAAUUCCGCAGAGAAAUUUCUACAUGAGAGCCGAGAUAAUUUGAUCGAGUUUCAAGCUGAGUGUCGAGCUGGAGACAGCGUUCUGGUUCAGGAUGAUAAAUAUCCAUCUCUUUUUGCUUGA